CGGGUUGUGGUCUUCACCGGAGGUGCACGCCGACGAAACUGGCGCCAUGAAGAUCAAGGACAGGAGCCUGCUCCUCACAGCAGCCUGCGGACUCGUGCAGAGUGUCACGUGGUUCGUGCUGGCGCUGUUGGGCGUCCUCGUCUACAAGUGCGCCAUCGAUCUGCCUGAUGAACCUGAUCCUGCAGCGCUAUUCGGCACACGACUCGCACAAUUUUACUUCGCGGGUGACGAGUGCGCGGUGUCCAAUAGGUCUCAGACGGUGGGUCUGACGCCACCGGAAGGGCUUCUGAUAAUCAACAGCAUUAUCAUCGCGACGAGUAUCCUCUGGGUAGUGGCGUCCAGCCUCCUAGUAUGGGAGGCCGUGCGGGUGAUGGAGCAGAGGCGCUCCUGGGUGCUGUGGAGCUGGGUGACCGUCGCCGGCUUCGUGUGCCUCAGCGACUUGGGUAUCUUCAUCAACUUCAGUGUCGACUACUCCAACACAGUGAGCAGAAUAAGGUCAGUGAAGAAAAUCCAAAAGUCCCUGGGCCUUGAACCAUGGGAUAUGGAAACUAUGAUGGACUUUCCGACGCCGGGCCUGGAGCUGCUGACGUACUCGGCGUUCAUGAUGUCGAUGGCCGCCCGCGGCUACAUACUGUGGCUCCUCAACAUCGCCGCCGCGCUUUGGGUGGGUUUCCAGGCACUCGGUGGAGGUUGCCAUGCCGACGAUCAGGAUGAAAGAAAAUCACUGAAGCACCACUUCCUUACCUCACUGUACAGUGAACGGAGGGACAAACCUGACGGGGUGUCGUCGCCGUGGGCUGUGCAGUCGCCGGUGGUGGGCACAGCGCCGCGGCCACUGCCCUGGUCGUCCUUUGGCUCUGCGCCAGCAGUGGAGAUCCCACGGCCCUUCCGCCUGGGCCCACCACCACCUGGUCGCCCACGCACUAAUGCCAUACCGGAGCCCGACUACGACAAUGAGUCACUGUCGCGAGAACCCCCACACCUGUCACGGGAACCUCCACUGCUGUCACGGGAACCCUCGCGUCUGGCACGGGAACCCCCAUACCUGGGGCGCUCGCCGCCGCACGCCAAGGACGCACUGCGCCGUGAACCGCCGCCACUAGACGAGAUGCCUCGCCGCUCUGCCCUCAAGAAGGCCGCCUCCACAGAGUCCCGGUUUGCUGGCAAGACCGUUUUCUGAGUACACACAGAAGCCACUGACUUUCAGAGUUAACGGCAAUCACCUUACUAUCGACACACAUCCUUUUGCUGCAACUGGAUUCUAUUAGUUCAGUACAUUAGUUUUAGAGCUCUUCAUUUCUCUGCAGCUUAUGUUCUUGUGUGUCUGUUGUCGAAUCAAUAAACAUCUUUACAACUCACUAAAUCUAAUGUACAACAUUAUUUAUUUGUGAAGAGAUGUGACACUGAGCAAAAGGAAAAGAAUGGCGGUUAUGCCAACCAUACGGAGUCUCCCAAUAUCUGAGGCCACAUGAAUUAGCUUUUUAAUCUUACGUACAACUACACUUACAAAGUUUAUUCCAUUAAAAUUAAAUGCACACAUUGAAAAAUGUUUAAACUAGAGGACUUAUAUUACAUUUAUUUAUUUAUUUUUAUUAUUUUUCCUUCUUUCUUGGCCAACUAAGGACCACAUGAUAAUUUCAGUUCCUUCUUCCUCUUCUUCUUCUGCUGACUAAAAUUGCCCUCUGUUUGCUAUCCUCAUUAUGUUGAUGUACUGGGGAUUGACUGGGACAACUGCUGUUACAUCUCUUGGGUGAUCGUCUACACAUGUGUUUCCCUUGCAGUCAUCUAUAACUAAAAAAAUUUUCUAGUCCUGUCAGUCCAUCCAUUCUACAUUGUCCUUCCAGUUACUUUUCCUUGCCUUUAUCCCUUUAUUAAUAUCUUGUAUUCCAAAAUCUGUCUUAGCAACUUCAUAUCCACCACCAUAAUGUUUGUUUUAUAUUUUCCAUUUUCGUUUCUGCAGCAUAUGUCAUAACAGGAUACACCAUUGAUUUACAUAUUUUACUUUCCCCUAAGUUGUCAUAAAGUUGUUUCUCCAUACAGUAUUUUGCAGGUAUCAAGUUACCCUUUGUUGCUUAGAUUUUUUUAUAUUGCUAUAUCCACUGCUUUUAGAUGAGAUUUCCAUGUUAUAUUGUGUAGUUCUUUUAUUAAAUUGGUGAAGUAACAUUUGUAAAUUAUUCUCAUUAUUUGCUGUCAUUACAGUAUUAUCAGCAACACAUGUAAUGUUUAUCCUUUUAUUUCCCAUUUCAUAUUUUGGUUUUCUUCUUAUGGCAUCAGUAAUGUGGUCCAUUAUUACGCUGACCAGGAGUGGGCUUUAUGAGUCUUUUUGUUUAAUUCCUAUGUUUGUUAUAAUUUCAUCUUUUAAUCUUUCAAAUGUUUUAAUUCUCAGUUUAUGGUCAAUUUCCAGGAUAUUUCAGUCUUCUUUUCCUUAAUAUUUCUAUCAUGUUUUCUAUAUUUCGAUAUACUUCAUCAUUCAUUCUUAAAUUUCAAGCUUCUUUGCUUUUUAAUGGAGAUGGAAUUUUCCUCAAGAUUACCCUCUCUACUACUUCUAGUUGUUCUUUUUAUAUGUUGGUAAUAGGCAUUCACUUCCAUAUAGGUGUUUUGGUUUAACUAGUAUGUAAUCCUUUUUUUGCUUUUACUGACAUGAAUUUUAUAGUAAAUAUUUUUUGGUGUUUCAUAUUUUCUUUCCAUUUUGUCUAUAAUUAUUUUUAUUUUAUUUGGAGCUUUUAUUAUCAUCAGAAAUACCUGUCCCUGCUUGGAACUGCCUUUACUUUAGUUCAUCCCAGAAAUUAUCUCACUUAGUGAACUAAAAUAUUUCACUUAUUAACUGACAAUUUACUUCAGGAUCUUGUGUAUGUUGCUGACAUCAUGCACCACUAUGUGCUUAAAGAUGUGAUGUAUUAGAGCACCAAUUUAUUUAGAAAAAAUGCCUCAGCUAAGGAUUUCAGAACGCGAAACAGGUUUUUUAAUCAAAAUGAAUGAAACUCUCAUCUGUGGCCUUCCUAGUUCAUUAUGAAACCUGUACACCAACCUAUCCCUCUGGAUAGUGACAAAAUGCAGGUGUGUGACGUGCCUGAACUUGCUUAGUGCAUGAUAGAAUAUUAAUGCAAGAUCAUCAACACUGUUACUAAUUUUCAAAACGAUAAUGUCUACUUCAUUACAGUGCUCUAUGUUCCUAUGUAUGUUACAGUCACUCUAUUGGUAAAGAAUCUUUAUAAAUGUGUGUAUUUAUUUACAAAGUUUUUUCUAUACAAAUAUUUAUACAACUAGACAUAUUCGCUUAAAUCAUCAUGAAGGCAAGGAAAAACCACUGUUGCAAAUAGCUGUUACCAUUAUAUAAAAACAAAUUUGUUUUCACUUAUCAAAACUUGCAAAUCUAGAAAAAACAUUGAAUUAUUAACUGUAUAACAUUUCGUUUUGUCACAGUGUGAAUUAUAUGCUUUAAGAAGUAUUUCAUGAACUAUAUGAAAAAUAGUUGGCCAAUAAAUUUCACUCAUCAUCUUUUCA